GCCAUGCCCCGCCUCCGUUGAUGGCUGUACCCUCUUCUAUCAACCGUGUGUUCGCCCCCAGCCGUUGCCUCUUCAGAUAUCCACCCCUAUCGUCCAACGGCUGGCUCGCAGGCACUGGCCUAUUAGCCACAAUCGGAUGAUGGACAAAAAAAAAAAAAAAAAAAAAAGUUGCAGGCAUAUAAGGCGUUGUGUCACCUUCUCGGGACACUGUCAGGUGAGAGGUGCCGCGAUGCACGAGAGGCAGACAGCUCGGACAGUGCUGCUGCUGCUGCUGCUGGGGGCCUGCACCCUCGCCAGCGCCCAGCUCAAUCUGCUGGCCAUAGAGUGUCCCUUUCCAGAGGGACAGGCCGUGCUGUCGGAGGCAGAAUGCAACAAAUACACGGCCUGCGAGUGGACUGACGGGCGCUGCCACUCGGUUGAUAACGCGGUUGGUGGCUAUGUGGUGGACGGCGAGCCUCAGGAUACAGGGAGAGGAUUCACGGUCGCCCUUCGGAAGAGUGAUCCCACUGUGACCAUGUUCGGCCAAGACCUGAACGACCUGAUCUUCGAGGUCAUCUAUCACGAGGACUAUCACCUGCAGAUCAAGAUCUACAGUGCCACCGAGGCCCGCUACGAGGUGCCGGUGCCACUUUCUCUCCCCGAGACUGCCACCAACGACACGGGCUUCUUGGUGGGCGUGGCUGCCAACGGUGACCCCUUCCACUUCAACGUGACCAGGGCCUCCAACGGGAACUCGGUGUUCCACUCAGCUGGGCCACUUACCUUCGAGGACCAGUUCAUUCAAAUUCACACCUGGUUGGCCUCUUCCUACCUGUAUGGCUUCGGCGAGAGCACUCAUAUAAACUUCAGGCACACGUUCGAACCCCGCAGUACCUACGCCAUAUGGGCCCGGGACCAGGCUGUGACCACGGAGCCGACGAACGAGUAUGGUCAUCACCCUUACUAUAUGGUGAUGGAGGACGAUGAAGGGAACUCCCACUCCGUCCUCCUCUAUAACUCCAACGCUAUGGAGUACUCCACCUUCCUCCUGGACGACGGGACCCCCACCCUCACCCUUCGCAGCAUCGGAGGCAUUCUGGACUUCCACUUCUUCCUGGGACCCACCCCCGAGGACACCACCGCGCAGUAUGUCAGCAUGAUCGGCUACCCUGCCUUCCCGCCUUACUGGGCCCUCGGCUUCCACCUCUCCCGAUGGGGCUACAACUCCUCCGACCAAGUGAGGGCCGUCAGGGAGAGAAUGAAGGCCAUGAACAUUCCCCAGGAUGUGCAGGUGAUAGACAGCGACUACAUGGAGCGCCAGAGGGACUUCACCUACGACCCCGUAAAAUGGGGUGACCUUCCGGAGCUGAUGGAGGAGCUUCACAACGACAACAUCAAGGUCACCCUCAUCGUGGACCCGGCAUUAGUCAUCGACUUCGACAACUACGAACCCGCGAGCCGAGGCAGGGACGCGGACGUCUUCGUCAAGUGGUCUGACCCCAGCCUGGUGCCGGCCGACCAGGAGCCAGGUUGCAACGACUACAUGAUCGGCUACGUCUGGCCCGACACAAAGACCAUCUUCCCCGACUUCUUCAAGCCCGAGACUCAGGACUGGUGGGUCGACGAGAUCAAGCUGUUCCAUGAAACGAUCGAGUUCGACGCUCUCUGGAUCGACAUGAACGAACCCGCCAACUUCGGCACCGACCUGGAGAAGCCGUGGAACUGGCCUGCUGAUCUGCCGCCGUGGAGCCUCAAGUGUGGCGACGACCAGUACAACGACCCGGUCUACCCCACCAGGACGGUCCUCUCGGGCGUGAACCAGAACAAAAGAAUAACGGACCACACUCUCUGCAUGACCGCCAGCCACACAGACGGCAACAACACUUGGCUCCACUACAACGUGCACUCCCUCUACGGCUGGUCCGAGACGGUGCCCACGUACAGGAGUUUGGUGGAGCUCUUCCCUGGCAGACGUCCUCUCGUCCUGUCCCGCUCCACCUUCGUCGGCUCAGGCCAGUACGCCGUCCACUGGCUGGGAGACAACGCAGCCGAGUGGGAGCAUAUGAAGAUGUCCAUUGUGGGACUGUUCGACUUCAACAUGUUCGGCAUGCCGAUGGUCGGCGCCGACAUUUGCGGGUUCUCGGGGGAGCCCGACAUGGAGAUGUGCGCCAGGUGGAUGCAGCUCGGCGCCUUCUACCCCUUCAGUCGUAACCACAACGCCCACGAUGCUGCCGACCAGGACCCAACCGUGUGGCCCGAGGUGGCGGAGAUCUCCCGCUACAUCCUGAACGUGCGAUACAAAUACCUGCCCUACCUCUACUUCUACCUCCACCGGGCCAGCAUGCACGGAGGGACGGUGGUCAGGCCGCUACUCUACAUCUUCCCCGACGAUCUCACCGCAAGGGACGUGGACGACCAGUUCCUUUGGGGCGACGGGUUGAUGGUGGCGCCAGUCAUCACCCAAGGCGCCGUGAGCAGGGACGUGUACUUCCCUCAGGGCGUCUGGUACAAUUUGAUCGAGGGGAGUCUAGCCGCCACAGGCCCCACUACCCUCACCGUGGAUGCUCCCCUUGAGGUCAUCCCAUUGUACGUGCGUGGGGGCGUGAUCCUCCCCUUCCAAGAGCCCUCCAUCACCACAACGGAUAGUAUCCUGAAUCCGUAUGGCAUGACGGUGGCGCUGGAUGAAACGGGUUAUGCCUUCGGCCGGCUCUUCUGGGACGGCGGUGACAGCAAUGUGAUGGAGACGAGCUACAUGUGCGUGAUGGAAUUCCUCGACAACACACUCACAACGUCAAUCAUGCACGGCGAAGAAUCUGUCGUGGGACUCAACUUCGAGACUAUCAGCAUCUACGGCGCCUCCGAGAACCCGACGGCCAUCACAGUGAACAACGCCACGCUCCCGGACACCGACUGGAACUUCGAUGCAGCGGUGGAGGUCCUCACCUUCAACCUCAGCGCGCCACUCAGCGAACCACUCACCGUCGUGAUCUCCUAGGCACCAGUCGAGGUCUCGGGUGACUUGCAAGCGCGCCUCCCGAGUUUACGCUGUCACACACACACACACACACACACACAGAUUUGAGGAAGACGCCCUUACAGUACGUCAGAGGACAGAGAAGAGAACGAGGAGCAGUUUCUUAUACCUUUGCACGACACACGCAACUCUAAGAGAAAACAUCUGAGCUGCUUCUGUUUCCGAACUUGAAAAUAAACUGCAUGCGAGGAAAUAAAGAUCUCGAAGACUC